GGGAAGCAUGCCUUCGUUACUCAAUUUGACCCAGACGCUGGAAGACGUCUUCCGAAGGAUUUUUAUCACAUACAUGGACAACUGGCGCAGGAACACCACAGAGGAGCAGGCGGCACUCCAGGCCAAGGUGGAUGCUGAGAACUUCUACUACGUCAUCCUGUACCUCAUGGUGAUGAUAGGAAUGUUCUCCUUCAUCGUCGUCGCCAUCCUGGUGAGCACUGUGAAAUCCAAGAGGCGAGAGCACUCCCAGGACCCCUACCACCAGUACAUUGUGGAGGACUGGCAGGAAAAGUACAAGAGUCAAAUUCUGCAUCCAGAGGAAUCAAAGGCCACCAUCCAUGAGAACGUGGGUGCAGCGGGGUUCAAAAUGUCUCCUUGAUAAGGCAGAAAGAGACAAAGCCAACCUCUGACAUCCAGGUGUGAGGAGGUGCCUGCGCUCCCAAGCAGAUCCAGAUUGUCACUGUAUAAAGAGAGCGAGUUCCUCUCCCUGUUGAGACCUUUCAUGGAGGUGAUGUGCUGGCCAACUGAGAUGGAAGACAUUUCAAUCUCAGUGACUUAUGCUUGCCUAUUGGAGUGACAUUUUGAGCAUUUUCUAUGCAAUAUAAAUGUCAUUUAAAUCAAUGUCAAUAGUAAGAAUAAAGCCAAAUUUUAAGCCAAGGACCUGGACAGGGGCAGUGGGAAUAGAAAAGAGAGUUAGAAAUCAUUAAACCUUCUUUCUCAUGAUAUUUAGGCUGGAUGUGAAAAAUUCAAUUGAUAAAUACCCCAGAUGUAUUAUUCAGAAACCAAGGUUCAAAAUUGAUCACUUGCUGACUGGAUUGACAUAGGAACACUCACUUAUUAAUUUAUGAGUGCUGAGUCUGAAGGGAUGAAUGAACAGAACCAGGAGGUUACUUUACAUUUAUGGUUAUCCUAGUAUUUGACUUGUUGGAAGUCUGAAGACAGAACAAACAUUGCAAAGGGCAAACAAACCAUACCAGAGAAGUCAAACACUUAGGAAACUUACAGCUCAACAGAGACACAUUUUUAA